AUGGACCGAUCUGUAGUAAUUGUCUGUGUAACGGUUUUAAUGUCCUACUUGUUACGUUCCAAAUGGUUUAAAAAUUUGAUCCUUAAUUAUGAAAACCUUACUCACACCUCAUCACCAAUCAAUAUCAAUACGCCCGGUUUUAAAUUAACUACUCAUGUCCCCAAACAGUUUCAAAACGGGGGUAGUUCAAACCUAGUGACAUUCAAAGAUACCAUAGCGUCGUUAUUAAGUUAUAGAUCUUACGAAUCCAAUCAUAAUGAUCGAUUGAUGAGUCGAUUACAAAGUUUAUCUCAGGAUAGAAUCAACACAUUAACUGAAAUUGGUUAUACAAGUAAGAUAGCACAAGUACAAAAUAGUAUCAGUAGUAAUGCUAUUGUUGCUGAAAAUAUUGUCAACCAUGCAAUGAAUCAGAUCGAUUUACAAAAGGGUGGAUUCCCACAGGAGAUAGACUCUCUAAGACGACAAACCAUAACGGCAACACUUCCUUCAAAAGGAAGCCAGGUGCAUCGAGUCAGUGAAGCAUUAUCUCAUCUUUGUAGAGAUUACAAUUCGGAGUUCAAUGAAAGAGAGAUUCAACCUUUACUGAAUUAUAUUACACGAAUCAUUGAUACUAUCCCACAUGAUAACUCUACGCUGAUAGUCGUACCAGGUGCAGGUGCAGGUUAUAUACCGUACACAUUAUCCGAAAAAUAUCCCAAAUGUGUUGUAGAUAGUAUCGAAUUGAGCGGAUUAAUGUAUAUGUGCCAAGACUAUACGUUGAAUAAUGAACAUUCCAUGACAUCAAUCACACUAAGACCAUUUGCACAAUAUUAUAGUGGUCAAUUGAAUAAAGAUUUACAAAAUAAAGAAAUAAAACUUGAUUUAUUACCAUCUAAGAAACCAAACAAUUUAACUCAUCUCUGGGGUGAUUUUCUUGAAUAUGAACCUCGUUCAAAUUCAUUCGAUGAAAUUAUUGUAGUUACCGCAUAUUUCAUCGAUACUUCAGCUAAUAUGUUUGAAUAUAUGGACAAAAUUCAAAAUAUGACAAAAUAUUUAAAAUCUUCCUCAGCGAAAGGAAUACAUUGGAUCAAUGUUGGUCCUUUAAAAUAUGGCACACAACCUAUUGUUCAAUUGACAGUUGAUGAAAUCUCCAAAUAUAUUGAUUUACAAGGUUGGAAACAGGAUCAAGUCGAAAUCGAAUUGAAUGGUAGUGGAUAUUUAACCAAUGCAGACUCUUUAUAUCAAGGCCACUACGGUUUAUAUAAAUUUCAUACAAUAGUUACGUAA